AUGUUGGAUAUUUUUCGGGGUCUCAAAAACUUUAUCAAGGUCUCACAUGUACACAUCGAUUCUUCUGUAUUCCGCCUUCAUUAUAGCAUAACUGUUAUGAUAUUAUUAGCCUUUAGCCUUAUUGUAACAACCCGACAGUAUGUAGGCAAUCCCAUCGAUUGCAUUCACGCAAAAGAGAUUCCUGAGGACGUCAUCAACACAUACUGUUGGAUUCACUCGACGUACACAAUACCUUCAGCUUUCUCUAAAACUCAGGGAAUCGAAGUUGCACAUCCGGGAAUUGAGAUGUCCAAACCCGAUGGUGAGAGACGCUACGUCAAGUACUACCAGUGGGUCUGCUUCUGCCUGUUCUUCCAGGCAAUAUGUUUCUACGCCCCGCGGUGGAUGUGGAAGAACUGGGAAGGGGGCAAAAUCCAUGCCCUUAUGAUGGAUCUUGACGUAGGCAUUUGCUCGGAAGUAGAAAAGAAGCAGAAGAAGAAGUUGUUGUUAGACUACCUUGCCGACAAUCUCAAACAUCAUAACUGGUGGGCCUACAGAUACUUCUUCUGCGAGCUAUUGGCCUUUCUCAACGUGGUCGGUCAGAUGUUUCUGAUCGACCGGUUCUUGGGAGGUGCGUUCCUGACCUUCGGUUUGGAUGUGAUCCGCUUCAUGGAGGACGAUCAAGAGAUCCGUGUUGAUCCGAUGAUCUUCGUGUUCCCUCGCAUGACCAAGUGUAGCUUUAUCAAGUUUGGUACAUCGGGGGAGCUGGAAAAAUAUGACUCCCUUUGCAUCUUGCCCAUCAAUAUAGUCAACGAGAAGAUAUACAUAUUCCUGUGGUUUUGGUUCCUUUUACUUGUGUUUUUGACGUUUUUUGUUCUACUUUACCGACUGAUGAUUAUCCUCAGUCCAAGAAUGCGAGCGUAUCUUUUAUGCCUGCGGUUUCGCUUGAUCAACAAAGAAGUUAUUAACACAAUUGUGAGAAAAAGCAAAAUGGGCGACUGGUUCCUGUUCUUCAUGCUAGGCCAAAACGUCGACACUCUCAUAUUCAAAGAGGUCAUGCACGAGCUAGCCAAGAGAUUGGGCCACGCGUCUAAAGAUUUCGCUUAGCCGCGCUGCCUGCAUGCCUGUCUCUCGAGGUGCACAGCUUCAGCCAACUCGUCGUCUGCAACGAACACGCAGCCAUCACCACCGACAUAUUCUCACCACAAACAUUCAAACGUCGGCCAUCACCAAGAUUCAAACGUCAAACUUGGCAGAUGUCCAGAGUUUACCCAGCGCCCAGUACAGGCCCACUAUAACCAAGCAACGAAAUUCAAAUUAUUUCAUCAUAACGCAACAUAUCUUCGACUCAGAGCAUCAGGUACCUUCGACCAUCCAACCGCUCAGCUCCUCCAGUCUUCAUUUCUUCGCCAAACACGAUCGAUCCGAAGUCAAGGUGUCGGCUCACAUGCGAGCUCAAUUUCCGAAACGAAAAGUAUUCCAGAACACUUUUCGUGGAGCAUCAAAAAACUCAAGUUAUCUUGUUUUUGUUCGUCUCUUACUGUAAUUUCCCAGUUAUAUUUGGACUUCCAUGACUUUCUCUCGUAAGCAAAGAAAAAUACAAUUUCUGCUAUACUCUUUAUUUAAAUAA